AAGAAACUAGCUAGUGGACAGGCUCUGUUCGGGAAUAUGAGUGAGUGGGAGGAGCUAAACAGAAUAGAGAAAUGCAGCAGCAAAGACGGAGACCUUGACCUGACACCCCACUGCCACUGAUUGAGCCAUCUCAUCUUCCUUCGCCGCGUUGGUCGUUCUCGCCCAUUCUCAACCAGCUGCAGCUGCAUCUACGUCGGCUGCUCUUCUUCUAUCUCCCCGUUGAAAGCCUGCUGCUGUUCCAUUGCUUCAGCUACCUGCACUCUCAGGUGGAUCUAAAGCAGGCCUCCAAGAGGAGCACCCACGCCUGCAUGGAAGCUGUUUCAGUUAAUCACUCCAAGCUCACCCUUUCAAGUUAACCGCUCUUCCAGCUGAGGCGCUACUCUGCUUCUUUCUGGAGCAUGGCUACAAUGGACGCUGCUUCCGUCACCUCAAGCUCUGCUUUCAGCUGAUUACUCUUCCAGCUCAGGUGCAUAACUAGAGAGUCAAAGAUACAUACUUUUCCAUCCAUCCUCUCCGCGUUGGUCUUUCUCACUCCGUCCAUCCAUCCCUGCCGCUGCCGCUGCUGCUGCUCCACCAUCUCAACCGACGUGGGUUGCUCUUCUCGAAUCUCUCCGUUGAAAGCCUGCUGCAGCUUCGUUUCUUCACGCACCAGCUCAGGUGGAUCUAAAGCAGGCCUCCAAGAGGACCUUGUGGGAUGUUUCAGUUAGUCACUCUUCCAGCGAAGCUGCACUGCAAGUAUAAAUAGAGAGCCAAGAUAAAGCAAACUUGCCCAUCCAGAGAUGGCUGGAAUAAUGGUGAGCGCUUCAACUGGGGUGAUGAACUCUCUUCUGGGUAAGUUGGCCACCUUGAUGGGGGACGAGUUCGCCAAGCUAAAGAACCUGAGGAAGGAGGUUAAGUACAUCAGCGAUGAGCUGAGCAGCAUGAAGGAUGCUCUAGAGCGUCUUGCAGAUGUGGACGAGCUAGAUAUACAGACUGCAAGGUGGAGGGACGCGGUCAGGGAGAUGUCUUAUGAUAUCGAAGAUAUUAUUGAUGACUUCAUGUGCAAAAUUGGGGAGAAAAGCAAAAAAUCUGGCUUUGUCCACGACACCAUUCAACGCCUCAAAACUGCAAGGGCCCGGCAUCAGAUUGCUGGCCAGAUCGAGGACAUCAAGAAACUUGUGUGUGAAACAAGUGAACGGCGUGAAAGAUACAAGCUCGAUGUCCCCACGUCACGCAACGUGGCAGUUGACCAACGAGUGGUUGCACUCUAUGCAAGUGCAGAUAAACUUGUUGGUAUGGAGGGGCCAACUAAUGAGCUUGUCAGUUGGUUGAAAGAUGAGGAGAACAAGUUGAAGGUGGUAUCAAUUGUUGGUUUUGGAGGUUUGGGUAAAACAACACUUGCCAAUCAGGUAUACCAUAAGCUGGAGGGGGAAUUUCAGUGUGGUGCAUUUGUGUCGGUGUCUCAAAAGCCAAAUAUUCCGAAACUUCUGCAGAGUCUAUUAACCAAACUUGGAUGUAGACAAUCUUUUCAUGACGCUGAGUUAACUGUUCUUCUCGACCAUGUCAUAGAAAAUCUAAAAAACAAGAGGUACUUGGUUAUCAUCGAUGAUCUAUGGGAUGUAUCAGCAUGGAAUAUUAUUAAAUGUGCUUUCCCAGAAAAUAAUCUUGGUAGUAGAUUAAUAGUAACUACAAGAAUCAAGACUGUGGCUGAGGCAUGUUUCGGUCACCACGAGCACAUUCUUGAAAUGAAACCUCUAAGUGAAGAAAACUCAAGGAAGUUGUUUUUUGAUAGGAUAUUUUGCCCUGAUGGAGCUUGUCCAGGUCAACUCAAAGAUGUUUCAAUUGAGAUUCUCAAGAAAUGUGGUGGUUUGCCACUUGCAAUCAUUAGCAUAUCCAGCCUAUUAGCAAGUGAAAGUUCUCACCAAAAGGAGAGGUGGAAACAUGUACAAAAUUCUUUGGGGUCAGUGUCAGGCACAAAUAUCACCUUGGAAGCAAUGAGACAUAUCCUGAACCUUAGCUACAAAAAUCUUCCUCACCACCUCAAGACAUGCUUCUUGUAUCUUGGUAUGUUUCCAGAGGACUCUGAAAUACAUAUGUAUAAAUUGGUAAGUCUAUGGAUAUCCGAAGGUUUCGUCAGUAAGGCACGUGGACAAAGCCGAGAACAAACUGCCAUAAGUUAUUUCAACGAGCUUGUCAACAGGAGCCUUAUUCAACCUACUUGGUUUGAUACGGAUGGGUCAGUGAUAACUUGCAAAGUACAUGAUAUGUUGUUGGAUCUUAUCUGGUACAAGUGUGCUGAAGAGAAUUUUAUCACUGUGGUAGACAACCUAGAGUCCGUUACAACACAACUUCGAAAGCCCCGCCGGAUGCUCUUCAACCUGGAUGGUGCAACAUUGCCUGGGUUCGUUAGUAUGUCACAAGUGCGAUCAUUUGCAACGUGUAGAAGCUCUAUGAAUAUACCUUCUCUUGCAGAGUUCAAGUAUCUUCGAGUUUUUAUCGCCGACUUCUAUUCUAGUUCUGCUGAUGACAACCGGAAAAUCGAUCUGACAGGAUUGUGUAAGUUAUAUCAGCUGCGACAUAUACAGAUUCAUCGCAGUGAUAAGUGCCAGCUACCAGAGCAGAUUAGAGGGCUACAAAAGUUGGAAACAUUUGAUGUAGAUGGGUCCUGUAUCCCAAUGGAUAUUUUUCACCUGCCAUGCUUGUUGGAUCUGCUUGUUCCAUCCGUUAAAAGGCUGCCUGAGGGCAUUGGUAAAAUGAAAUCCCUACAACGUCUGGGUCAUUUUGACACGCUGCACACCUCACUCGACAGUAUCAAGGGCCUAGGGGAGCUCACGAAUCUGACUUCUCUGCAUCUCAAAACCGGUUUUUCUGAAGACGUGGACAUGGAUGUUCUAAACUCUUCUUUGGGAAAACUCUGUAACCUCGAGUUUCUGCUCAUAUCAUCACCUGGUGAUUCUUGGAUACCUGAGGCACUAACUUUGUCGCCUCCUCCCCCCAGCCUUGUGAAACUCCACAUGAUGAUAAGUUCCCACGUCCCUAACUGGAUUGGGGAACUCCAUAACCUCCAGACCUUGAAUCUCACUGUUGAGAAGCUGGACAAGGAUGGUGUUGGUAUUCUUGCAGAGUUACCAGCCCUCAUCAACCUGCGGUUAAGGUUUGGUAGAGCCCUGGAAGAAACAAUUGCCAUUGAUGGGACAACAUUCGCAAUCCUAAAGCGGUUUCAUGUCUGCUGCGAGACGAACAUGCCACACUUGACCUUCCAAGUUGGGGCAAUGCCUAAGCUCAAGAGACUCUCUCUAUGGUGGAAUCAGGACGAGAAUGCCCCACUUACAGGUAUCGAGCACUUGUUAGCACUUGAAAGAAUCUCUGUACGAAGGAGUGGCACUGAAUCUGAACAGCGAAGUGCAGAGUCUGCUAUUAGGAGCGCUAUCACCAUGCAUCCCAACCAUGCUUAUAUUACAAUCGAUAACAAACAUUACUGAUGUAUGAUAAUCCUUGGCAUCAGCCACGACCAGCAGCUGGGAAUGAAGUGGAAGCCGGUUCUUUUCCUUGGAGCACGAAGAUGAGAUGCGUGGAGGAACAGUGAAGUGUCGCCAAACUUUAUGCUGCAAUGUAGCCGAUGGCAAUGGAUUACUGCAUUUUAUUCCCGCCCCGAAUAUGGAACUAUCACUUUGCUUUUGUUUUGCUACUUAUGUCGACGAACUGUUUCUAUCCAAGAUUAUGAUCACUGUGUUGUAAUAAGGCUUUAUGGUCGGCAGGAGUUGACACUUGGUACUAGCCAGGGAUUAUAUGUUGUAUGUAUGUUUGCUUCUUGCAUCAAACUGAUGUGCCCUUAUUUGUAUUCAACUGAAUAUUUAUUCCUUGUACUGUUUGCAGCUCUCAGAAGGAUGGUCGAGAUGUUUGUAUUCCACUA